CACAGAACAUAUUCCGAUUUUCUGAGUUUCAAAGUCGGCAUCUUCAUCGUGAGAUAGAAGAUAUUGCAAGAUUUCCAGCGCAUAUAUCGUCUUCAAUCUCUCAAAAAUCCUAUCUAAAUGAGGCAUUCUGUGAAUCGUCCUCCAACGCCAGAUUCAAAGGAUGAUCGACAAAGAGACCUCACUCUUCAAGAAACAAUCAACAUUAAGUUAAUCGAAAGUGGUGAAAAGGAACGUUUAAUGGAACUUCUCAGAGAAAGACUCAUAGAUUGUGGAUGGAAAGAUGAGAUGAGAACUCUUUGCAGGGCUUUCAUUAAGAAGAAAGGUAGAAAUGAUGUAACUGUUGAUGAUCUUAUACAUGUUAUUACUCCUAAAGGAAGAGCUACUAUACCGGAUUCUUUAAAGGCAGAGCUUUUGCAAAGAAUCAGAACAUUUCUCGUUGCAACUGCUAUGUGAGUUUUUGUUUAUGUUUAUUACAUUUCAUAUGAUGGAAGGUUUAUUAGAUUCACGAUCUUCGUAUAUCCUUCCGAUUUAUAAAGAACAACUAUUUUGUUGCGAGUGGUGAUGAAAAUACACUUGUUUUUAGUCUCUUAUGGGUAUAUAGAAUUAUAUAUUUAUAUGUAGUA